AUGGCCAAAAGUCUCUCCUCGCCCGAGACGGCCGGCCUGCUCGCCGUUGCGGCCGCUUGCUUCGCUAUCCUCGCAAAUACCUUCCGCGCCGAUGGUGAGCCACUACUUGCCUCUCUGGCCUUUAGCGGCCUGGCCUUUGCCAGCUGCUACGCCCUCAUCCGCUGGCUGGGCGACGCCUUUAUGCGCGCCGGCUUCAAGGGCAAAGACCUGUCCAAAACAAAGCAGAUUGAAAUUCCCGAAACCAUGGGUGCUGUAUGCGCCGUCGUCUAUCUCUUUACUCUGAUCGUCUUCAUUCCUUUUCCCUUCUACAAGGAUAUCGUCGCCGCGACGUCGGGCGGCGGAAACAAGGAUCUCAUCAUGCAGGUCCAGGAGGUGGAGACGGGGCGCUUCCUCCAUCGCUUCCCUCACAGCAAGCUGGCGUCGUAUCUCUCGGCCAUCCUGUCUCUCCAGACGGUCGUCAUCCUCGGCAUCGGCGACGACCUGUUCGACAUCCGCUGGCGCCACAAGAUCCUCAUCCCCGCCUUCGCCGCCAUCCCCAUGCUCACCGUCUACUUUGUCGACUUUGGCGUGACCAAGAUCGUCAUCCCGACGCCGCUGCGCCCGUAUCUGGGCGACCUCUUUGACUUGGGCUGGCUCUACUACGCCUACAUGGCACUAAUCUCGAUCUUCUGCCCCAACAGCAUCAACAUCCUCGCAGGGAUCAACGGCAUCGAAGUCCUACAAUCCAUCGUAAUCGCGCUCCUGCUAAUCCUCAACGACCUACUCUACCUGCUCCCCCCACCCCCACCACACUACCCCGUCCCGCACCCGGCAACAGACGCGCACCUCUUCUCUCUAUACCUGCUCCUGCCCUUCCUGGGCGUCUCGCUCGCCCUCCUCAAGCACAACUGGUUCCCCGCCCGCGUCUUCGUCGGCGACACGUACUGCUACUUCGCGGGCAUGGUCUUCGCCGUCGUCGGCAUCCUCGGGCAUUUCAGCAAAACCCUGCUGCUGCUCCUCCUCCCCCAGAUCGCGAACUUCGUCUACUCGGCCCCGCAGCUCUUCCACCUGGUGCCGUGUCCGCGCCACCGUCUGCCCCGCUUCAAUCCCGCGACGGGCUUGCUCGAGCCGUCCGUCGUUGCCUUCGCUUUGCCCUCCUCCACCAGCACCAACAACACCACCAACCCCCCCACAAACGCCACCACCAACGCGCCCCCAGCCAAAACCCCCGCCACAAAUCCCCCGCCCCACCCCCUCCUCGCGCACGCCCUCCGCCUCCUGCACCGCCUCCGCCUAAUCCGCAUCCAAGAAGACCCUGCCACAGGCGCCAUAACGUCGGCAACGAACCUGACGCUGCUGAACCUGUGGCUGGUGUGGUGGGGACCGCAGCGCGAGGACCGGCUCGCGCUGGGCGUGUGCGCGGCGCAGGUUGGGGCGGGGCUGCUGGGCUUGCUCAUUCGGCAUCGCUUGGCGCUGGUCGUGUUUGAGCGGGAUAAUUGGGCUGUGUGAGUGUGUGGGGUUUGGUUUGGUUUGUUUUGGGGCGUGGGGAGGGGGUGAGGGGUGAGGGGAAGAGAGAGGUUGGGCGUGUGUGUGUGUAAGAUAUUUGUUUGAUUGUUUGUUAUUUUGCUUUCUUUGUUUGGGUGAAUGGGCGAGCUGGAGUGCUACCUAUGUAUAUGCAUGCUUCGCCAAGUGCUGGCCACUAGAACACGCGAGCUAGCUAUGUAGCUACCUACUCUUAAGAGAACGUCCUAAUAGCCCCAUAAGCAAGCAAGCCCCCCACCACGGCCGCCAACAACUUAAACGCCUCGGCAUCGAGCACC